AUGAACGUGCAUGAGAUAUCUGAUGAUGAGUUCGACGACGAUAGAGAUGACAGAAGUGUCACAUUAGACCUUGAUCCCGGUUCUGAAUCGCAAGAAGUCAUUGAUCUGACCGAGGAUACGGAGUUCUCGCUCACAGAAGAUGACUAUCUGACAGACGCAGAGAUCCGACGACUGCUCGGAAACUGGAGAGAGAAUCCAUCACUCUCAACAGCCGGUCACAAUUCCUACAGAACGGUGAAUGACAGGAUCUGGGUUGAGGAUAUUCUCUACGAGAAAGGCCAGUCUGUUAAAUUACGCAAACAGGGGAGAUAUCUGAGAAUCCGCUCUGUCAUUCAAUACACUACCGGGGAGAUCUACUUUCAAGGUUGGAAUAUGAUCAAGACGGCCAGACACAGAGAAUGCUACAUGCCUAAAGGUAGAGACUGGGAUUCUGAACUGGUGUGGGUUACCAAUGAGGAUGCCGCUGAAAUCAGCAUUUUCGAGGUACGAAGGUUCGUGACAAUCCAUUUUACCAACUACUGCGACAUCGCCAGCGAUCGCCACCAGCACCAAGGCCUGUUCUGCCGCUUGAAGGAGACAUUGGGGAAGGGGGGAGGCUCUAUCCAGUAUAUCUCUCACCAUGAAGCAGACGAAGGUUUUAGAUGGAAUACGACCGAGCUGCGCCGUCUAUGGAGGGGAGGCGAGACGCGACCUUUCGGCCAGGCCGAUCGGUUUGCCGCAAAGUUCUCCCAGCCCGUGACCGACCUGACAGGCCCAGAUGACGAAGUGAGCCUUCUAAAAAGACGCAGGUGGUACACAUUUGGUGAUGGCUUCUGCGGCGCCGGAGGAGUCUCCUGCGGUGCCAACCAGGCCGGCCUGGAGAUCAAAUGGGCUUUUGAUGGAUCUCAACACGCCACUGAAAGUUAUCGAUUGAAUUUCGACAAUGCCGAAUGUGAACUUGGUAGAAUCGACCACUUCCUUACCAAUGAUGAAGACUUCCAAAGAGUCGAUGUGAGCCACGGAUCUCCCCCAUGCCAGACCUUUUCACCCGCCCACACGAGCGUGGGUCGACAUGACGAUGCCAACUCGGCAUGUAUCUUCUCCUGUUCCGACUUGAUCAAAACAGCCAAGCCGAGAGUUCAUACGAUGGAGGAAACCAGCGGGCUUUUUGAUCGACAUAAGGAGACCCUGAACCGGGUGAUUCUGGACUUCCUUGAAGCGGGAUACUCAGUACGAUGGGGCCUUCUCUAUUGCGUGGACUACGGAGUCCCUCAGAAUCGUAAAAGAUUGGUGAUAAUCGCUUCCGGACCUGGGGAGCUUCUACCACAAUUCCCCGACCCAACCCAUGGGCCGCGAGAAUUGGGAUUGAAGCCUUUUACCACGAUCAACCAGGCCAUUGCAAGUAUUCCAACAAGAGCCCCGGAUCAUGAUACACAGACAGCGUACCAAGUUCCAAAGGCGCCAUAUGACGGAAAUAAACAAGCGAAGACGAUUACUUGCGGUGGCGGAGAGAACUAUCAUCCCUCUGGUCGCAGAGGAUUCACCAACCGGGAGCUUGCAUGUCUGCAAACAUUCCCACUAGGAUUCCGGUUUGGACGCAUUGAAGUGCGAAAGCAGAUUGGGAACGCCGUUCCUCCGGCGAUGGCCCGGGCGUUGUAUGCGGAGAUCAUUCGGUCUCCCCGCACUUUCCAGUCCCGCAUUGUCUCCGUCUCCAGACCGGGCGCUUCCUUCAUUUCUCGCUCUCCUCUGUCCUCUGCCAACUCCUCAACUCCUCGUACAUCUCGCUUCUCAACCAUGGCUUCGCUUCAACAGGCUGCUCCGGCCGCCCCGGCCGACAAAUCCUACGAUCCCGAGAUCAAGGAUAUGGCCGACUACAUCCACGGCUACAAGAUCGACUCCGAUUUGGCGUUUGACACUGCUCGGUUGGUUUUCCUCGAUACUCUGGGAUGUGGGUUGGAAGCCCUGAAAUUCAAGGAAUGCACCAAGCUGCUGGGCCCCAUUGUCGAAGGCACGGUGGUUCCUAACGGUACCAAGGUGUUUGGUACCCCCUACCAACUCGACCCCGUUAACGGUGCGUUCAACAUCGGCGCCAUGAUCCGCUGGCUCGAUUACAAUGACUGCUGGCUGGCCGCUGAGUGGGGUCAUCCUUCGGACAACCUCGGUGGUAUCCUUGCUGUCGCCGACUGGGUGUCGCGCACCAACCGUGCCGGUGGAAAUGUCGCGGGCGGCAAGAUAUUCACCAUCAAGGACGUUCUGGAGGCUAUGAUCAAGGCCCACGAGAUCCAGGGCGUGUUGGCGCUCGAGAACUCGUACAACCGAGUCGGCCUGGACCACGUGGUGCUGGUCAAGGUGGCCACCACUGCCGUCGUCUCCAAGAUGCUGGGCUUGAGCGAGAAGCAGACCGCCGACGCCAUCACCCAGGCGUGGGUGGACGGCCAGAGUCUGCGAACCUACCGACACUCCCCGAACACCAUGUCGCGGAAGUCCUGGGCCGCGGGUGACGCCUGUCAGCGGGCCGUCAACCUGGUCUUGAAGGUGCAGAAGGGCGAGAGCGGACUGCACACCGUUCUGUCGGCUCCCGUUUGGGGAUUCUACGACGUUCUGUUCAAGGGCAACAAGUUCAAGUUUCAGCGCCCUUACGGCAGCUACGUCAUGGAGAACGUUCUCUUCAAGGUGUCUUAUCCUGCUGAAUUCCACUCGCAGACUGCCAUCGAGGCUGCCCAGAUCAUCAACAAGAAGCUGGCGGCUAUGGGCAAGAGCGCCAAGGACAUCAAGGAGAUCACCAACCGCACGCACGAGGCCUGUGUCCGCAUCAUUGACAAGCAGUUUAAGCCGAUGGACAACUUUGCCGACCGUGACCACUGCGUUCAGUACAUGGUGGCCACCAUGCUUGCCUUCAACCGAUUGACGGCCAACGACUACACCGACGGCUCGGAGGCCGCCACUUCUCCCCUGGUCGAGAAGCUCCGCCAGAGCAUUCGCUGCGUCGAGGACCCCAAGUUCACCCAGGACUACCACGACCCCACCAAGCGCACCAUCCCCAACGCGCUGACGGUCACUCUGAACGACGGCACGGUGCUGGAGGAGGUUGUCGUGGAGGCACCUCUGGGUCACCGUCUGCGUCGCGAGGAGGCCAAGCCCGAGAUUCUGGACAAGUACAAGCGCCACCUGCAGGCGCACUUUGACCAGGCUCGCAUCGACCAGCUGGUUGAGCUGGGACAGAACAAGUCUGCCAUCGAGAACUACGAGGUGGACAAGUACGUUGACCUGUACGUUACGGACAAGAUUGCUACUGCGUAG